AUGAGCUUAUUAAAAUGGCUUUCUGGCUCUAAAACAAAAGCCAACAGGGAUCACAGUACUGAAAGUACAGGUAGUUCAUACAAUCCACGAACACGAUUUAAAUCGGAAUUAACGCAAUCAUCACUACUACCAGAUUCAGAUCCAGAAUGUGCUUCAUAUUCUGGAUGUAGUGUCAUACAUGAAGACGAUCCAGCAUCAGACAUUAAAGGAGCUUAUGAAAAAGUACUACAAAAUAAAGGACCAUUUCAACCAAAGGAUAUCAAGUUUGAAGUGAACAAAAACCGAUCAUUUCUUAUCUCUUGGUAUGAUUUAUAUCCAUGGUUAGAGUACAGUCCUACUAGUCAGGCAGCUUACUGUUAUUCAUGUAGAGCGUUUCCAAGUCUAACUAACAAAGCAUGUAGGGGUCAACAUAUUGAACCAGCAUUUGUUAAUGUUGGCUUUAAAAACUGGCCUAAAGCUAUAAGAAGUUUUAAUAAACAUCAAUCUAGUAUUCCUCACAAAGAAUCUACAGUAAAAAUAGCUGGACUGAAAUCAACUGUAAUUGUUGGUGAUGUGACCGUCCAAGUAAACAAACAAUAUAGUAUAGAAGUUGAAAAUAAUAGAUUAUAUUUUAAUUGCCUGUUAGAUAGCUUAUUGUACUGUUGUCGACAAGGUAUUGCCGUUAGGGGUCAUCGGGAAGAUGAUAACUCUUUAAAUAAAGAGUACAUGGGGAAAGAUGUUUUACAAUCAAUAAUUAGAGAUAUCCAGGAUUCCAAAUUUUUUAGUAUUGUGGUUGAUGAAACACAGGACUUGGCUAAGCAUGAGCAAGUGGCCAUAUGUAUUCGAUAUGUUUCAAAACUAUUUAUUACCCAUGAAGUUUUCUUGGGCUUUUAUCGCACCGAUAAAACUGAUGGUGAAACUUUAGUAAAUCUUAUAAAACAGUUUUUACAAACAAAUAAUUUAAGUAUUCAAAACAUCAGAGGACAGUAUUACGAUGGUGCUGCAUCUAUGCGAGGUUCAUAUACAGGUGUCCAAGCUAGAAUCCGAUCGGAAAAUAAAUUUGCUAUUUAUGUGCAUUGUUAUGCAUAUAUUUUAAAUUUAUGUCUUGUAGACCUUUCGAAACAAUCAUCAUUUGUAAGAAAUACAUUUGGAACUCUACAAACUUUAUAUUCAUUUAUGGGUGCAUCAUCAAAGAGAAAUAGUGUUUUUGAAAAAAUAUUAUCAACAAGUUCAAUAAAUGUGUCUCAAAAAACUAAAUUAAAAUCUUUAAGCGAUACAAGGUGGAACUGUCGCAUUGAAGCAAUCAAUUCAGUUAUUAACACUUUGCCUGUUAUUGUUCAAACACUACAAAAUAUUUCUGAUAAUGAUGUGAAUUAUGGAUCAGAAGCAAACAAUUUGUUGAAUUGCAUACUUAAUUUUGAAUUUAUAUUUUGUUUGUUUUUAUUAAAAACUGUGCUUGAACAAACAAACAUACUCUCUAAAUAUUUACAGUCACCAUCAAUAAACUAUGCACUUGUUAAGGAAAUGUCAAUCAAAACUUACGACUCAUUGCAAGACUUACGUUCAGAUGAAAGUUUCAAUAAAUGUUGGGAAUCCUCGCAAGAUUUGGUAAAAAAUAAUGGAUUUCUACCACCAAAACUUCCUCGUAAUAGAAAGAUUUCCUAUAAAAAACUUGGAGGUGGUCAUGUUUUUCCAGAGUUUCAUGAUGAAAAGUCCUAUUACCGGAUCUCCAUUUAUUUUCCAGUUUUGGAUAUUGUCAUGAAAGAAAUCAAAGAUAGAUUCAACGAAAAUGAUCUUUCCAUAUUAAACUCACUGAUGGAAACACUGACAAAUGAAAGCCCUAGUCAAUCUUCAAUUCAAGAAUGUUCGCUACCCCAAAAAUUUGCUGCUAGUUACGCCACUGUUUUUAAAUGUAACAAUUGUGGAAUAAAUGAAAAUAUUUAUAACGAAGAUCCAAAAACAAAAGACUUAAAUAUUAAUAUGGCAAUGGUGACGGCGAUGGUUAAUGUUGGUCAAGGUUUUUCACAAAUGGAUGAAAUUUGCGCUACCCUAAAUAUGCCGAAUAUGUGUAAUCGUACAUAUCAAAAUGUACAUAAUGAUGUUUACCACCAUAUGUAUGAUUUGGCUUGGAAUGAGAUAGAAGCUGCUGGUAAAGAAGAGGCAAAGUUGGCUAUCGAAAUGGGAGAGGUAGAUUUACAAGGCCGCCCUAAAAUAGCUGUAAUUACAGAUGGGGUUUGGAGUAAAAGGUCUUAUAAAAGAAACUACAACACGUCAUCGGGAGUAGCUUGUAUUGUUGGUCAAAGAACCAAAAAAAUUUUAUUUAUAGGCAUAAGAAACAAAUACUGUUGUAUUUGUCAUAGAUCAUCAACAUUAGGCAUUGAAAGUAAAGACCAUAUUUGCUUUAAAAACUGGAAUUCGCCUUCAACUGCAAUGGAAGCAGACAUUAUAGUUGAAGGUUUUAAAAAUAGCUUAGAUAUGCAUAAUUUAAUAUACAAUCGAAUGAUUGGUAUGUGCUAA